AUGCAACUAUUGUGCAGGCUCCUGGCCUUCUCCAGCCUCUGCUGGGGCCUCGGCACCAGUCAAUAUGCCCCAGACCUUAUCACCUCGCUGCCUGGCCUGGCCAAACUGCCCAGCUUCAAGCAGUGGUCUGGCUACCUGAAGGCUGGCUCUGACAAAUACUUCCAUUACUGGUUUGUGGAGUCCCAAGGAAACCCUGAGUCUGACCCCUUGGUUCUUUGGCUGAAUGGAGGCCCUGGCUGCAGCUCCAUGGAAGGUCUAUUGGCAGAGAAUGGCCCCUUCAGGAUAAAUGAUGAUGGCUCCCUCUACAUGAACCCUUAUAGCUGGAAUCUAGUGGCUAAUGUGCUAUAUCUGGAGUCACCAGCUGGCGUGGGUUAUUCCUACUCUUCCAGCCAGAACUACCAAGUCAAUGAUCAGCAGGUGGCAGCUGAUAAUUACGAGGCCUUACAGAGUUUUUUCACCAAGUUCCCCAGCUUCACCAGCAAUGACUUCUAUGUAUUUGGAGAGAGCUAUGGUGGGGUCUAUGUGCCCUCCCUCAGUGCUCAGAUUGUUAAUGGUCCAGCCUCCAUCAACUUCAAGGGCUUUGGGGUAGGGAAUGGGAUGAGCGACUACGAGCUUAAUGAUGUGACACUGAUUGAAUUCAGUUACUACCAUGGCAUCAUUGGAGACGACCUCUGGGACUCUCUGCAAACCUACUGCUGCUCGGAGGGCGUCUGCAACUUCUAUAACAGCACCCAAGACAACUGCUUCGAUUCCAUCCUGGAGGCUUACAGAAUGAUCCAGGGCGUAGGCCUCAACGUCUACAACCUCUACGCGCCCUGUUGGGGGGCUUCGGGCUACCAGGACCGCUAUGCCGCCGAUAUGAGCAACCUCUAUCGAAAAUACCAGUUCAACGUGGCCGUGCCGGCCCCAGGAGCUCCCGUUCCCGGAGUCCCUAAGUGCAUCAAUGCCACUGCUAUGUACGUGUGGCUGAACCAGGACAACGUGAGGCAGGCCCUCCACAUCCCUGCAUUCCUCCCCAACUGGGAACUUUGCAGCACGCUGGUGACUUCUCACUACCAGAGACAGUACAUGGACAUGGCUCCCUUCUACCAGGAGUUACUGCAGAACAACAUCCGUGUCUUGGUGUACAACGGGGACACUGAUAUGGCCUGCAACUUCUUGGGAGCCGAGAAGUUUGUGGAGUCCCUGAACCAGCCCGUGAUGAGCCCCUAUCAGCCUUGGUACUACAAAAACCAGGUUGCGGGAUUCUUUAAGGAGUAUGAGCGGAUCACUUUCCUGACCGUCAAGGGAUCGGGACACAUGGUUCCCCAGUAUCGGCCAGCCCAGGCUCUGAAGAUGUUCGAGUCUUUUCUUCAGAACACUACCUACCUGUGAUCGCCCGCUGCGGCUGAUACUUCUCAGGCUGCCCAUUGCUAAUAUUGAGAUAGCAGCCUGAGGUCCUUGAAAAGCUCCCACGAUUCGAUUUGCAACCCCCUUCCCCCAAUAAUCCCAGCUUAUUACAAUCAACAGCCUUCCGCAAGUUUUCAAGGACUAGAAAAGAUUUCAAUUUCUGCAAU